AUGAGCUCCGUAAACUCGUAUGAAAAUGCUGCUCGAGAUAUUGAGCAAGAGAAGAAAAUGGUGGCCGCGUUGAAGCGGCUCUCAAUUGGAAACAUGAUGAAUUAUGAUCCAGACCUACCACCCGAGGAAUUGGAUUUCCAGUUUCUGUAUGAUGAUGUUAACAUUAGUUCGCAACCACAGAGCGAAUCCGAUGACAUUGGGCCCCAUGAAACUGACAGAGAGGUACCCAUGUCUGCGCCUGCUCCAACAUCUAUGGCCCCAGCACUUGCAAGAGCAAAGUCUCUUCAUAGACAACAAUCACGUAGGAAAUCGUCACUUAUUUCAGAAGAAGUGUUCUUUGACACAGAAGAAGACUUAGUGGACACACCACUUGACCCGAACGAGUUAUUAUGGGUCCCAGCUAGCCUCCACCCAGAGGUUGAUCCUGAACAAUUCAAAAUGCAUAUUAAAUCAACCGUUGAUGAAAUCAUGGAGAAAAAACUCAAACGAGGCAACUCUAUGUCGAAAAGAUCAAGUCUUAUUCUUGUAGAAGAUAGAAAUGAUGAUGAUGAAGAGAGUAAUAUCGAGGAAGCCCCUUCAACAGCCCCACAAGUCCCCACGACCCCACCAACAUCAACAACAUCGUCGCCAUCACCACAUCAUACACAGCAACUUAGCGGGAACCCAAAGAGAUACAGCAACCCUUCACUUCGUGAUUUGACUAAGGAAUUGGAGAAUCUUUCGAAGUUGGCAGGAAUGGAUUCAAGCGACGCUGUAACAUUAGCAAGAACUCUUUCAACUUCUUCGUUGGGAUAUACAGAAGUUGAAAAACAAGCAUUUGACGAGAUGAAUUCUCCUCCAAAUACAAAGACAAGCCCAGAGCGUCAGGAGUCAAAUGGUGGAGCCGGAACGGAACAAUUUGAUACCCCAGAGUCACCCACCCGCCAACGAGCUGAAAGAAGAUAUCAUCGAUCCCAACGAGAUCAAACAAAUUAUGCCCAAUCACAACAGUACCCAUAUCAGGAACAACAACACCACCGCUCAGGGCUUGACCAGGGUCAACCUUUACAACAUCGUCGCCACAAUCGUCCAGUAAAUGUUCCAACCGCUGAACAUUCUUCAAAGUCUGCAGCUCCAUUGAAGAGAAGCCGCAGAUUGGAUUAUCGAAAGAAUACUGGACCUCCUGGUAAUCUAUCUUCUGGUUCAAACCUUCAACAAACAAAGGCAGAUAAAUUACUGGAACUUCGUAACAAUCUCCAAAAUUCGUCACUUACUACCCCAAGUUCGACUUCAUCAGAACGUACUGCCAAACCUUCACGUUCUCAGAAUGUCAAAACCAAUUCAUACUCACAGCAUCAGAAUAGAAGCUCUCAAAUGCUUUUCAGCUAUCGAAACCCAAACCUCCCCUCUGGAUCAAAUCAACAAAAGGUUGUUUCGAGAGACUCACCAUACCCUUCAUCUGCUUCCACUCAUGGACCUAUUGAAAACCAGUUUCAUUCGCGUAAGGUUUCACCCGUCGGACAUCAAUCACGUCCAGAGUCGUACCAACAACAAGUUAAUCCCGAUAACUCGAGGCCAAGACAAGCCCCACCGCAUCCCAGACAUUCCAAUAAACAACAUCAACAAAAUAGAAAAUCUAGUCAGGAAUCACUUGAGCGUGCACAGUCUCCAAACAAUAGUCAAUACCCUCAAUAUGGCCAACAAAUGCCGUACAAUGAGAAUAUGAGACACUCAAAAUCACCUGCUUAUCAACCAGGUAGUUCGAGAGAGAGACAUCGUGAACUGAAAGUCCACCGUACUCACUCCCCUGGCAAUCCACAGCAAUUACCAUCACAAGUGCACACCCAACAGCAAUAUCAGCAUCGUCAUGUACAGCCUGAUUCUCAGAUACAAAAAAGUCCUUUACAAAAGGUUAACAAUAAAUCUAAGGAGUUGAACCAAAAUUUGGAUCUUCUUCGAUCUGAAAUCAAUGAAUUUAAGGAAAGUUUACAUAAAACCGACCCUAUUCCUAUGCAAAAUGUGGAACAUACUCCUACCACGACACCUGAUAUAAAUAUCACACAGGACCCAGAUUUUUCAUUUGAUGCAUCAUAUCAAGAUGUAAGCUACGAAGACUCCUUGGGCAUGGAGAAGGAGGUAUUAAAAGAGUUACACGAAGAAAAGAAUGGUGUACUAGGAGAUUUGAAUAAGGGUGACUACUUAGAAACUGAAGUUGAUGAUAAUGUCAUGACAUCGCCAAAUCUUGAUAAGGUGCUGACUAAAGAAUUUGAAAUUACCAACAACUCCCAAGGUAACGAACAACCACAGGAAGUGGUACCAACUGAAGUUGAAAGGUUACAUACCGUUUAUGAAGCAGAUACAUCCGAUAAACGUCAAGGCGGCCAACAAGAGGAAUCAAUAACACCAAAGACUUCACCAAGAAAGAAGAAGACAUUCGGUUUACUUGGAAAUUCUGAAAAUAAAGCACAUAUUGGAGGAGUUCCUUCUGGAUCAGCCGUGAAUGCAGCAGUAACUGCAGUUGCAGCUGCCACCGCUUCGACAACUGAUACCCCUACAAAUGGCAAAUCAUUGAAGAAGAAAAAGUCAUGGACUUGGUUGAAAGAAAGAGCGGUAAGUACUUCAGCUGUAGAGUCAACAUCUAACAAUCAACAAGAAUCUCAUUCCGCUAAGAAACUUUCUCCACGCUCCAUUUCAAACCCGGAGACAGAGAAUAGAGAUAAGGAAUCUGUUGUAUCAGAUAGAGUAUCAAAUGAGUCUGCAAGAACACAAGAGUCGGGAGGAUCCAUUGGAAAGGAGAAUAUGAUCUCCAAAUUGUUCAAGAAGAAGAAAAGUACUCCUACAUCCGUUCCUGCAAUUCUAGAGGAAGAUAUUCCACAGAAGGAAAGUCUGUUACAAUCUAGCGGGGUGACUGUUGACUAUGAGUCGGAUGUAGAGUCAAAGGUAAGCAAGGCUUCACUGCAAAGUAAGAAGAAAUCGUCUGGAGGAUUAUUCAAGAAAAAGAGUAAGGGUAAGAAAGAUAAAACUCUGAUUCCACAAUCCAGAUCCAAUAAUUCAAUUAAUUCAUAUAUUAGUAACAAAUCCCAAGAACCUGAAGUUCACUCUGGUGGGGAUGAGUUUGAACAAAUUGCAAUUUCACAAGAAAAGGAAAAGUCUUAUCCAAAGAAGCUGAUCAUUGCCAAACUUAAGAGUGGAGUAAAAUCCGAAGAAAGAGAACAACCGAUUGAACAUAUUAUUUCAGAGGUGAGGGAAGAAGAGUAUGGACAUGAAAUCGACGGUGUAGAUGUUGAUAUGGAAGUUGAAAUGGGAACAGGAAAUACACAAGAAGUCACCGAGGUAGAGAAUACCCCUCAAACAACUUUAGAUGUACAGGAAAAGCUUAAAAAGUCGAUCAAGAGGCAUUCAAGAGCGAAUCAACCUCUUGAAUUUACAGACUCGGCUUUUGGAUUUCCAUUACCACCACCAUCUCAAUCUACAUUGGUCAUGCUUGACUAUAGAUUCCCAGUACACGUUGAACGAGCAAUUUACCGGUUGUCGCACCUCAAGCUUGCUAAUCCGAAAAGAUCUCUUAGAGAACAGGUUCUCUUAUCCAACUUUAUGUACGCCUACUUGAACUUGGUUGAUCAUACAUUACAUCUCGAACAACAGCUCAGCAACACACCAGAAGUAAGUGAUGCAACAACUACGGAAAACGUGGAUGACAUUCUUCUUGAUGAACAAAUGUUAUUUUCAAGUGAGGAACCUAUAAGUGCCGAAGAUGAAUUUGAAGGUGAAACAAUAACCAUUGACUUGGAUGUUGCAGACGUACAUAACAUGUCACAUUUAGAGACAUAG